AUGGUUCUCGUUCGAAAAGGGCCGUCGGUCAAGCGAAAAAGCGGUGGCAGUAGUUCUACUGCAACUUCUACGCUGUCAGCUGAUGCAAACGCGCGCCAAGUUACGCGAGCAGAGUUCAUGGAGCUCGCAGCAGCAGUCAAUCAACUCAAGAAGGACUCGUUAAGGCACCAGGCUGUCGAAAGUCAACUCGCGAGCGAUCUGGAGUUUGCAAAUGCACAAAUUGCAGCGAACAAGACUGCAAUGGGCACGCUGGCAGAGCUAGUGAUUGAGAAGACGUCUGGAAUUGAGCAACAAGGUGCGACGCAGUUGCAGACACUGCAGGUGGAAUCGGAGCAGCGACUCACUGAUGUGAAGCUGGCGUUGGAGCGUCUCGAGUUCCGUCUCCGUCAUCAAACACGUGACUGCCAAGCACUGAAAGAGCAGGUUGAGCGGCAUCAAGAGUUGAUGCAGUCGAUGCGCACACAACUCGGACAGACACAUUUGCUUGUGGAAAAACAGCAAGAACAUGCCAAGACUUUCGUAGAGAAGGUGGAGUACAUAGUUGCAGCCUAUGAGACCAAGGCAAUGAGUGCCACUGCUGAGCGUGAACAGAAGCUCGAAGCUUUCCAACAGCGCAUUGUGGACUAUGUUAAGAAGCUUGACGGGGACACACAAGAGCCCUUGAAGCAGCUAUCGUGGCAAUUGCGAGAAGUUGAGAUGCGGGGGCAACGUCAAACCGCGCUGUUCCAGCAGGCAUUGGAUGAUCUCGUCAAGAUGCGGCAGGCUUUGCAUGAACUUGAGAGUCUGAAGGCGCUUGUCGAGCGCGAGCAAGAGUUCCGCGAAUACAGACGUAAAGAGGACACUCAACGUCUCCACUCUGUCGAGCGCAAGAUCAGCAAGGUGCUGACGAUCGCCGAGAGAGGAGUAGAGAAGACGGAGGUCCAGCAUCUCGUGUCGCGGCUUGAAAGCAACGUCAAGACGCGCGUCGAGGCAGUUCUCGAGGUACGUGCUGAAGCAGCAGAGAUCGUCUCAGCAUGCACGUAUUUCGAACUCACACAACGCUCCAGUUGGUGUCGCUAUGCGUUCACAGCCUCGGCGUUACAACCCGCACGUCUUAGCGCCUCUCAACAGCACGUACCAUCCUAA